CGCGAAGUACACGAAAGAAUGAUAACGAGACCAGUAGAAGCAAGAAAGCUGAAAGCCCUAAGUCUCCAUUACCGUCUUCUAGGGUUUUUCGCGUUUGUCUUAGAAUGGCGGACUCACCUCGUAGAAGAUCCAGGUCCAGGUCCAGAUCAAGGCCCAGAUCCCCAUCGCGCUCGAGGUCAAGGUCUGGAAGUCGUGGCAGGGAAGAUGCUACAAAUCCAGGAAAUACACUCUAUGUUACUGGUCUGUCUACAAGGGUCACUGAUAGGGACCUUGAAGAUCAUUUCUCUAGGGAAGGAAAGGUACUUUCUUGUCGACUGGUUGUGGAGCCUCGGACACGCAUCUCUCGUGGUUUUGCUUUUGUGACUAUGGACUCAUUGGAGGAUGCUGAACGUUGCAUAACGCAUCUCAAUCAGUCAGUUCUGGAAGGCCGCUACAUAACUGUGGAGAAGUCAAGGAGGAAACGGCCAAGGACACCUACACCUGGAAACUAUCUUGGAAUGAAAAGCUCCAGGGAGUCAAGCUAUCGUGGUGGUGAUCGUGGUCGAUACCGUGGUGGCUAUGGCCGUGAUGAUUAUGGGUACCGGAGGUCUCCGAGGCACUCACCUUAUCGAGGUGGCCAUGAUUAUUCACCCAGGCGCUCACCUUAUGGUGGUAGGUCAAGAAGAGAACGGUCUAGGUCGCCCCCUUAUUCAUCAUAUAGCCCAGAUAGGGGAUAUGGGCGUAGGCCUAAUGCCUAUGCAAGAUAGAUAGUUACAUGACACAGACUUCGUAGUUCGUGCUUAAAGAUCAGUUGCAAGAUCCUUUGGCAAAUUAUCAACUUUUCUGUUAUAAAUUUGGUUUACUGGAAUUGUUGGAUUAAUCUAGUUGUUCAUUUGUAUUU